AUGGCUGAGAGGGAGGGCGAGCUGGAGCAUGAGGGCGAGAUCUUGUAUCCUGUGGAGCGCUUUUCCACCGAGAAGGCCAACCUAGGGCCAAUCACCAAACUAGUCGAGGAGUUCAACCACCCACCAGCACCGCUAUCUUUACUGUUACAGCCCAGUAUCAUCAAUGGCAGCGGCACCACCCACAAUACCAGUGUUACUGCCGCGCAGUUAUCGAAGAAUAAGAAUGAUGCGGAAAUGGGUUAUUUGCUGGCCGAACGCACGUUCCGCGAUGCCUGUUUUUUGCCCGGUAUUGGAUGGUGCAUGGCUGCCCAAGGAGGAGCUAGCGGUAAUGGUAUUGGCAUUGGCACUGGUAUUGGUGCAAAUGGUGCUGAUGAUUGCCUGUUGACUAUACUGUUUUGCGAUGGGAGUCGGUUGUUGAUUAAUGUGCGCGAGCAGAUAGCUUCGUAUGAGGACGAGCAGACUCAGUACCAUGGGCUUCCACUGUCUCACUCUCUACCGCUGAAGGUCAAGGACCGGCUGAGGCAUUUACCCGAUUUCCUCAGUCUAAUGGGCAUGCACUGA